GGACCCUGAGAGGUGCGCCUGCGCAUUGCAGCGGUGCUCGCGUUCUGGCCGGAAGCACAUGUUGGGGCUGGAGAUUCCUGGGGAUGGAAACGCAGAUGGAGGCCCAGAGCGCGGGGGCCGAGGACGGCUUCACCCAAGUCACCCGCAAGGGUGGCCGGCGGGCGAAGAAACGGCAGGCUGAGCAGCUGUCCGCGGCGGGGGAGGGCGGGGACGCGGCCCGCAUGGACACAGAGGAGGCCCGGCCCGCGAAGAGGCCCGUUUUCCCGCCCCUCGCUGGGGAUGGAUUCUUGAGUGGGAAAGAAGAAACAAGGAAAAUUCCGGUCCCAGCUAACAGAUACACGCCAUUAAAAGAAAACUGGAUGAAGAUAUUUACUCCUGUUGUAGAACAUUUGGGACUUCAGAUACGCUUUAACUUGAAAUCGAGGAAUGUAGAGAUCAGGACUUGUAAAGAAACCAAGGAUGUUAGUGCUCUGACAAAAGCAGCUGAUUUUGUGAAAGCCUUUAUUCUUGGGUUUCAGGUAGAGGAUGCAGUUGCCCUCAUUAGGUUGGAUGACCUCUUCCUAGAGUCCUUUGAAAUUACAGAUGUGAAGCCCCUAAAGGGAGACCACCUGUCAAGAGCAAUAGGAAGAAUCGCUGGCAAAGGAGGAAAAACCAAAUUCACCAUAGAGAAUGUGACACGGACGCGGAUAGUUUUGGCUGAUGUGAAAGUUCACAUCCUUGGCUCUUUCCAAAACAUCAAGAUGGCAAGAACUGCCAUUUGCAACCUUAUCCUGGGUAACAGCAAUUUAUUCCUUGGGUGUAUUCUCUGGAAAGAAAAGAAUAGGGAAUUUAGAACUCAAACCACAUUUGCAAAUCAGUGUAGGUGAAGGGUAAUGUUAAAGAUAGCAAGUAGAAAUGGGGGUUGGCAAAUGUGGACCUAAAGAAAAAAGGAGUAUUUUUGCUUGGAUUCUGUUUGCUAGAGAAGACAAAGGGUUUGUUGGAUUAUAUUGCUUAAAUCUUUGCUGCUUUCCCCUGAGGUGCAGUGAAAAGCCCUUCCAGAAUAGUAGGCAACAUGUUUUAGGUUUCAACAAAAAAAAGCUGCUGGUCACCAUUAGUCAAUUUAAUUGACACACUUAGUCCUAUUUUCAAGCUGUGCAGCAAAGUCCGUUAGCUUCUGUUAAGAGUUACAGGAUUGUAGUAGCUUGCUCUAGAUGGGAUUUUCCAUCAGUGCCCAGAUCUGAUUGACCAGCUUCUUUUUGAAUCAGGUUGGUGCCUUUGACUCAGGAUUUAAAAUGUUUUUGGAGGAUAUCUGGGUAUGGUUUACAGUUCUUUUGUUGGCUUAAGAGCGAUCCGCUGGAAAAUGUUCUUUUUAGAGUU